AAUAUAUGUCUAACACAUUGAUAGACAAAGCAGCAGGGAGAGACAAUUAUAAGACGAUGGUUGAAGACAGGGGACAGUGGUCCAGUAAAACUGAGUAUCUCCUGGUGGUCGCAGGUAAUGUGGUGGGUUUGGGCAACGUGUGGAGGUUUCCUUAUCUCUGCUACAAGAACGGUGGAGAAAGAGUCUCUCCAGUACUGCAUUUGGGUUCUGCCUGCUUCUUGCCAUGUAGUUGCCCACACGUGACAACCACAACCUACAUCCUUACAUUCAGGAGCUUUUCUGGUUCCAUACUGUCUGUUUGCCGUGGUGGUCGGGCUUCCUCUGUUCCUGCUGGAGACUGCGAUGGGUCAGUACACCCAGGAAGGAUUCGUCACCUGCUGGAAGAAGCUGUGUCCUCUGGCACAAGGAAUAGGAUAUGGACAUGCAGUGAUUAAACUGUAUGACUUUAUCUUUGUCAUGAUCCAAGUCUGGUCUCUGGUCUAUUUGGGUUUUUCAUUCUCAUCUCAGCUGCCCUGGGCCAAUUGCGACAACACCUGGAAUACAGUCAACUGCAUCAGUCUUCCGUCAACAAACUCCACUGCAAAUCUGACUGCAAUGUGGAACAGAACAACUUCUGCUUCUACUGAGUUUUGGGAACGCAGGGUUUUGGGCCUAUCUGGAGGUAUUGACCAGUUGGGCAGUGUGAGAUGGGAUCUGAGCUUGUCUCUGUUGGUCUCCUGGGUCUGUUGUUACUUCUGUAUCUGGAAAGGUAUCAAGUCUUCAGGAAAAGUAGCGUACGUCACGGCCACCUUCCCCUACCUGAUGCUCCUGGUCCUGCUAAUCAGAGGACUGACUUUACCUGGAGCUUGGGAUGGAAUCUCUUUUUACUUGUACCCAGAUUUUAAUCGUUUGGCUAAUUUUGAGGUCUGGAUAGAAGCAGGAUCUCAAAUCAUCUUCUCCAACAGUUUGGCCUCAGGAACCUUACUGGUUUUAGGCAGUUUUAACAAGCACAGAAACAACUGUUACAGAGACUGCUUCUGGCUGUGUCUGUUGAACAGUGGGACCAGUUUCUUUGCAGGUUUUGUCGUUUUCUCUGUUCUUGGAUUCAUGGCUCACAAGCAGGGAGUCACUGUUGACAAUGUAGCUGACUCAGGUCCAGGCUUGGCCUUCAUUGUUUAUCCUGAGGCCACAGCUAUGAUGCCUUUGCCUCAGUUCUGGAGCGUCUGCUUCUUCCUGAUGCUCUUCUUCCUCAGUAUUGACACGCAUUUUGUGACAGUCAAGUGCUUCAUAGCCUCAGUCACAGACGUGUUUCCUGAACACUUGCGCGGUCCAAAGAGGUCUGAGCUCUUUGUUCUGGUCGUCUGUUCGCUCUUCUUCCUCUUACACCUGCUGCUGGUCACUGAGGGAGGACUCUACAUCUUUCAGCUGGUGGAUUAUUACGGCUGUACCAGGGUCUGUCACUACUUCAUGGUUUUAUCAGAGUCUCUGGCUCUGGCCUGGUGCUUUGGUUGUGAUCGAAUUGUUAACAUCAUUGAAGACAUGACGGGACACAGACCCUCCAUCUUCUUCAGCGUGUGCUGGAAAUACAUUAUAUCUAUGUUGGCGCUGACUUCCUUGAUCCUCUACCUGGUGGACUACACACAACUGAAGUUUAACAAGUGGUACGUCUACCCUGACUGGGCCCAUACUGUGGGGUUGAUGAUGACCCUCUCCUCUGUUCUCAUGGUUCCACUGUGGGCUGUUGGACAGAUGUGCGUGACACCAGGAACCUUGGUCCAGCGUUGGAAGACCCUUUGUCGUCCUGCUAAAGAACCGGUCAGGUCCAGCAAUGAACAGGAGGGGGCGACGGAUGUGGGUCUGAUGACAACAACAACAGUGACCACAUGAACUCAGAUGUUUCAUUGGUUAUACACUUUGAACGGACACUUUUGAACGGACAAUGACUUGUGUAAGAGCUGCAUGUAUCAUCUGUCACCACUACUUCUCAGUUUUAAAAUGUUCUUUGUUCAGUUUCUAUCCCAUCAAACAAGUGCAGUUUGUGGAGUUCCUAAUUUAUGUGCAGUAGAACAGGUCCUGUCAGAGUGAAGCAGCUAAACUCUGAGUCAGAGUCUUAAAUCAUACCGUAGGAUUUUAAUUCAAAUAAAGGAUUUUGUCUUAUUGUUAAAAAA